AUGACAACUCAAUCAAUGUCCCGAGUUAUUCAAUGUAUGGAGGGACAAUUUCAAUUUUUGAUCCCACCCAACACUUGGGGAAAAGAGAAUGAUGAUGGAAAUAUACAAAGAGAGCUGGCGGAAAAUCCGAUUGUUAUUCAAAAUGACGCCAACUUGGAUAACGCGCCAAUUGAGGGAUUGAUUAAUGAGAAUUCGAGAAAUGAGGUGGGGAGUUUAGUUUUUUUCUGGGCGGAUGGGAUAGGUUUCAGAUACACGUGAUAUGUUUUUGAGUUUUCUGAAAAAUGAGAACUUGGAAAUUGAGAUGUUAUUAGGAGUGAGUGAGUGAAACCUGAACUUCUAGGUCAGCUUGAGACAAAAAAUAGUUCCAGAAAAGUUCAUUGCUUGAAAAAUGAACUUUGAGGAUUUUUAUAAGCUUUUGAAAAACAAGAUGUGGUUUUUCUGAUAAGCGAAAUUUUGAAGAAUUCCAAUUAAAACUCAGAUUUGUGAUCUUUGAAAUUCUGAUUUUGCAUUUUCAAAGAAUUUUUCUGAUAAACAAAAAUAUCUUAACUUAAAUUCUAAUCAUUGAAAAAAUCCCUAGAAGGACAUGUGAAUUAAAAUCUCGUGAAAACAAUAAAACAAACAGAGGCACGUGGGGUUUGAAGUAAACAAAUUCUGGAAAUUAAAAUUAGAUAGGUCACGCGAUGUUUAUAAACAAAAUUCUAGAAAAUCAAACUUUGAAAAAAUGAGCUUUAGGGACUCUUGUAAGCUUUCAGAAAAACAAUUUUUCCAGAAAGUUAUGAAAAAGUCACGCGAAGUUUUUUCAACAAAAAAAAUCAAAAUUUUAAUUUUAAGAAUAAUAGAAAACUUGAGAAUCUUCAAAACCUUAAAAGUCUUCCAAAUUAACAAAUUCAAAAAUAAUAAACCAGGUCAUGCGAUGUUUUAAGUGUAGUUUUGAUUUCAAAAUAAAUUUAAUCUCGCAAAAAAAAAACUAAAGGAAAUGAGAAAAUUUUUCCGGCUCUAUCAAGUUUUCCUGCAAGUUCUUCUAAUCAAAAAUUGUUAUUCCCUCAAUCAAAGAAAAAAAACCGAAGAACACAAAAAUGAUACAUAUCCGAUCAGAAUCUUAUCCUCCACAGUUUGCACUCACUCAUUUCUCUAAAUAAAUACGAGGGCAGCGCGGAAAAUUUAAUCAAAAAAUCCUCCGUUUUUCACAUAUCAGACAUGAAAUGUCCUUUUGUUUUUGCAACGAAAAUCUCACGCAAUCUCAAAUUUUGCCCGAACUUUUUCUCGCUUUACCACCAAAAAUCCGCCUUCCAACAAAACAACAAAAUACAUUCUUUGUCUAAAUGAGAAUGAAAAUGAAAAUUGAGCACAGAAAUCCAAAAAGUCAAUCAGUGUCACGGGAAUUUCUGUGUGUGUGUUGUAUGUCUAUUUGUAUGUUAAGAGCGGACAAUAUUUAUCAAAACUCUCGAGAUUUUCUUUUUGGUACAUAGAGUUUGACUAAUUUUUUUGUUCUUUCUUCAUCAUCUCGAGAAAAUGAUUUCUUGGAAAGGGAAGGAAAUUGAUAUAUAUGUAUUUCUCAGACGUUGUCACUUAUCUGUAAACAUGUUGGAACUUGCCCGAAACCACAAUGUUUGGAACCCUUCAAACCUUUUGGACACUGCUGUGAGAUCUGUGGUAUGACAUAUUUGAAAAGACUCUUUUGAAAAAAAUUUCCAGGAGCCAAAGGCGAUUUUCCACGCGUCAGGUUUUCACUAUACCGAUGCUUUAUUGAGAACUGCAAAACUUUUGACUGAUAUGGGCUACGCUGAAACACACAUGGUUUCUUUGGAACUCGUUGAUAAAGUUGCAACCGAUUUUAUCUAUGAGGUUGUAUUUUGAUUUCAAAGUUUCAAAAAAUUUCGAUUUUCAGUUAGUAGUUGUUGCCAAGGAUAGCGAAAAUUAUCGAGAUGAAAUUCACAGUGAAAUUGUUAAUGCGAUGGUCAGAGAUCUCAGAUAUAAUAUGGGAACAGCUUAUCAAUUAUCAAUUCACUCUUCAAAUGUUUAUUUGUCGAAAACUGAUCGAUCCAUCAGAAUUUCCUCAAUUGUUUUCGGAUUCCUUGUUUACGCUAUGAUUAUUGUUUUGUGCAUUGGAGCGUAUUUGUAUAAAACAAAGCCGGUAGCAACAACAAAUUUUGGUGCGGUCAUUCGGUGGAAUAAAUCGAAGGAAGGAUGUUAAGGUGGAACUUGAAACUGGUGAAGAAGUUGUUGAGAAACUUGCAAAUGAAGAGGAACCUGUUGUUGAAGAUACAUCUGAAGAUUUGAGCUCUGAAGUUGAAGAAGUUCCAGGAGACGAAAAACUCAUUGAAGAGGUAUCCACAAAAUUAGCUGCUGAAAUUAUGCAGGAAGGUUUGAACCCUAAUUUUGCAAUAGAACUUGAAGAAAUCACCGAAGAACGGCUCAUUGAAUGA